AUGUUGCUAUUUGGUUUAAGUUUAGGUGUUGCCUGUUUUAUUUUACACUUCUGUUUCUUUGUACUUUCAGAACAACAAGGCAUCAAAAUUAGACUUCUAGAUUUCAGGUCUUUAUUAAGACAGGACUCUGGUUGGUAUGACUUUCAAAACAGUGGAGAGUUAACAACUAAAAUCAUAAGUGAUGUCAAAACCAUAUCAGACGCCAUGUCUCCAAGAGUAGGUGCUCUCUUCCAAAUGAUUGGUACUGUUCUUUCAGCAAUAGUUUUAUGUUUUGUCACAUGUUGGGACUUAGCUUUAGUCCUUUUUUCGUCGAUACCUUUUAUUGUUUUAAGUCUCUACAUCAUUGGAUUUGGUGUCUCCAAAACGACUCAAAAAGCCGACAAAUACAUAACAAGUGCAGAUGGACAAGCGGAGUCGACCAUUGGCAACAUCCGCACCGUACAAUAUUUAAAUCAAGAAAACAACUUUGCGUCGUCUUACAAUGACAAGAUGAACAAGGCUGAAAGGUUUUUAUACAUCAGAGGAAGUCUAACUGGACUUGGGAUAGCAGUUGCAAAUUUCCUUAUUUUUAAUUCUUUUUCGCUUGGAUUAUGGUAUGCUUCAAUGAUCAUAAGAGGACACGGCGGGUCUAAAAAUACGUCGGCUGGUACUGUAAUGACAGUCUUCUUCUCUAUUAUUACAGUGAUGCAAAUGUUGCCGACCAUUGGAACACCACUUGAGUUGCUUUCUAAAGGAAAAACAGCGGCAUUUCGAAUAUACAAUACCAUUGAUAGAAUACCAAAUAUCGACACUAAAGAUAAUUCAGGAAAAAGACCCGAAACGUGUGAUGGAAAAAUUGUUUUUGAAGAUGUGCAAUUUAGUUACCCAAGUCGACCUGAAAAAACCAUUUUGAAUGGACUUGAUUUGACAAUUGAAAAAGGAAAGACAGUGGCUCUUGUUGGAGAGUCUGGCUGUGGGAAGAGUACUACAAUACAAUUGAUUCAAAGAUUGUAUGAAAUCAGUGGCGGGUCGAUAAAAAUAGAUAACACCAAAAUCGAUGAAUUGAAUGUCAACUGGCUUAGAAGCCAAAUUGGGAUAGUUGGACAAGAGCCUGUGUUAUUUAACUGCUCGAUUAAAGACAACAUACUUCUUGGGGCAAAAGAAGAUCAAAAAGUGACAGAUGAUGAUAUCAGUGAAGUCUGCAAAAUGGCGAAUGCAAGUGACUUUAUUAACAAAUUACCGAAUACAUAUGACACUCUUGUAGGUGAUAGAGGGGCACUUCUAUCUGGUGGUCAAAAGCAGCGAAUUGCAAUUGCAAGAGCUUUAAUAAAGAAUCCACAAAUUUUACUAUUAGAUGAGGCUACAAGUGCACUCGACACACAAAGUGAAAAAGUUGUGCAAAAUGCCUUAGAAAAGGCUGGUAAAGGUAGAACAACAAUAAUUGUCGCACAUCGACUUUCAACAGUGAGAAAUGCAGAUUUGAUUUGUGUGUUCCAUCAAGGAGAAAUAGUAGAGAAAGGGACACAUAACGAGUUAAUGGAUUUAAAAGGAACUUACUAUAACUUAGUCAAACGGCAGUCUUUAGAAGAAGAGGCGGAUCAAGACGAAGUCGAUCAAAAAAUGAAAAAUUCAAAUUAA